AUGGCAUUUAACGACAACCCGAACACCCAAGACUUUGAUGAUCAGCAGGUUAUGCUGCCCAAUUCGCUAGGUGCGCAAGCGCCAGGACUGCCGGCACAAGGCCCCGUGUUGAACGGUGUCGUUGGUCAGCCCGGAGGUCCUCAUGACAUGGAUGGUGAAGUGGUGACUGGAGUUAGUGUGCCUGGAAGCGGUGGCGUUGAGUCAGCUGCUCAGCCGGGACACGUUGAAGGCAGAGUGGGUUCGACUGCUCAGCUGUCUCAGCCUGCGGUUGCUAGCUACGGCGGAUGUGCCACUGGUUCGCAACCUGGGGUGGUAGUGACAGAGAUCCGUGCUCAGCAGCAGGCGAGCGCGGGUGGAUCGAUGUCUUUCUUGAAUGGGAUGGUCAGGGCUGUUCAGGCUCUACAGGCCCAGGUCUCCAAUACACCACCGAGAACUCAGGAUCAGGAGGCUGGCUAUGCUUCGGCUAUGUCAGGGAGCCCUGAAAGGGAUCAUCGUCCUCCGUCUGCGGGACAAGUUCCUCAGACGCCACUGUUUGAUCAGCAGUCGUUUGAUCGUCUUCAGAGGAUGAGCCAAGCUGCUCCCCACUUGUAUUCGGUGGCAGAUCAGACUGGUGUUCAAGCGGACCCAAUGUCAUCUACGCCGAGCUCAAGAGAAGAUUGCUUGGAGAUGGUAGGGAUUCUUUGUCUAGGAUACGCGGCACCGAGAAUGCCCGCUGCGGCAGGUCAGGUUGGCCCGGAUGGGGUAACUACCCUACAGGGAAACCCUAACCCUAAUGACCCCUUGAGUAUAGUGCUUACGGGGAUGGCUCAGCUUCAGGGUCUAGUAUCUGAGUUAGCUCAUAGUCCCAAGAACACUGAUAAACCAGAGGUCAUAAAGCCAGGUGUAGCUGUUCUCCCAGAGCUUCCAAGCUCAGGUCCUGAAGCCUGUCUUUCGUUUGCAGACUGGAUUCAUUCAAGCCGUCCGGCUCUGGCGGAUGUGAGCGACUCCUCUGAGGAGUUAUGGAGUACAGUUUUACAGGAAGCCGGCUUAUGGUACAGCAACUAUCUUAAGUUGGACCCGAUGUCUAAGCUAACAUCCCGACCUCUUCCUUCCGCGACCCUCACUCAACCCAAGUGGGCCCGUGUGUCUCGUCGGAUUGAGACUAUGCUGUUGAAUGCUGCUCCGACGGCAAUCAGGGAUGAGAUAAGCUCGGCAAGGGUUUCCGGACUUCUUCAAGUAGUAUGCCGCUUAUAUGUCAUAUAUGCCCCAGGUGGACUUUCUGAAAGAGAACUGGGUUUGCGUAACAUUCAAGACCCAUCACCCGCCACCACUGUGAAGGAAGCAAUUACCUCGCUGAGACGUUGGCAGAGGUGGUGUGCGAGGAUGAAGGAGCUUGGAGGCACGCUACCUGAUUGUGCGCUGAGGGUUAAGGCCUUAGAGAAGAUAGCUAAGGGUCCCCUUAGUGCAUAUCCAGAUGUGUCUUUCAGAGUUAAUCUGAUGCGUGCUUCUCUGCAAGUUGACAUGAGCCCUGACGACUCUAAGGUUGACCAGCUUCAUGCACAGAUACUAGGGGAGUUUGAAGCAAUAGGGCAUAAGGUAGGUAAGGAGAAGGAUGGCGAAAGGGAUAAGGGUAGGGACGGGGCAUCGCAGGCUGCUAAGGUUAGAGGUGUUGAUGCCCAGGAGCAAGAAACUGCUAGUCCCAAGGCCCCUAAGGCCCCGAAGGCAAACCCUAAGAGCCCCCCAAACCCUAAGACGCCGUCAGCAGCUCAGUCAUCUACCCGACCGCAGUGUACCUUUUACCUGAGCCCCGCUGGUUGCAAGAAGGGCGCGGACUGCACGUUUGAGCAUAGCUGGUCUUCCAUUCCGGUUGCUGAUCGCUCAGGAAGGUGCAAGAAUUGCGGAGGUAAGGGCCAUCGUACUACCGAGUGCAAGGCAGGUGUUAAGCAAGAAGAGAAGGCGAAACCUAAAGGGGUUAGUACUAAUGCAAAGGCAAUUGGAGCCGGGACUCAGUCUGUUCCAAUUCCACCACCGCCGCCGAGCAAGGAUGCUAUGCUAAAGUCCAUGUUGGCAGAUGCAGCCUCUUUGCAUAGUCAAAGCCUUCCCAACACCGAGACCCAGCCAGUCCCUGCAGUACCGAUAAGUACCCCUACCAGCCCUCCGGCUGGUGUCUCCACAGUAUCUUCUCACGCUGCAAAUUCUGUUACGGCGGGCGGGCACGCCGGUCACCCUGGAAGCACUGAGCGCCCAGCUCGAGAGCCUACGUGCCAUGGCAAGGUCACAUGA